ACACCACCCAUCAUCACAGAUACCUCAGCUAGCAAACCUGACGCUGUGCUAAGCAGGUAGCGGUACAAUGAGAGAUAUUCUGCAUGAGCCGAAUCGCAAAUAAAGUGUCCUAAAGAGGAAAAUAAACAAGUCGUCCAAAUGGUGAUCAUGUCAGGCACAGCCACUGUGCUGCAGCAGUUUGUCAGCGGGCUGAAGAGUCGAAAUGAAGACACCAGAGCAAAAUCUGCCAAAGAUCUGCAGCACUAUGUGACUACAGAGCUCAGAGAGUUGAGCCAAGAUGAAGCCACUACAUUUUACGAUGAGUUAAACCAUCACAUAUUUGAGCUGGUAUCUAGCUCUGAUGUGAAUGAGAAGAAAGGAGGGAUUCUCGCCAUAGUGAGCCUGAUUGGAGUAGAGGGAGGCAAUGCCACGAGGAUUAGCCGCUUCGCCAACUAUUUGCGCAACCUGCUGCCUUCCAGUGACCCUGUGGUCAUGGAGAUGGCCUCCAAAGCCAUGGGCCACCUGUCUAUGGCAGGGGACACCUUCACUGCUGAGUAUGUGGAGUUUGAGGUGAAGAGGGCCCUGGAGUGGUUGGGAGCCGACAGGAACGAAGGCCGACGCCAUGCUGCAGUGCUGGUGUUGAGGGAGCUAGCUGUGAGUGCGCCCACCUUCUUCUUUCAGCAAGUGCAGCCCUUCUUUGACAACAUUUUUUACGCCGUGUGGGACCCCAAGCAGGCCAUCCGAGAAGGCGCUGUGUCCGCCCUGCGUGCCUGCCUCAUCCUCACCACCCAGAGGGAGACCAAAGAAAUGCAGAAGCCACAGUGGUACAAACAAACCUUCGAGGAAGCAGAGAAAGGCUUUGAUGAGACUUUGGCCAAAGAGAAGGGGAUGAACCGCGACGACCGGGUCCACGGCGCUCUUCUCAUCCUGAACGAGCUGGUUCGCAUCAGCAGCAUGGAGGGCGAGCGUAUGCGUGAGGAGAUGGAGGAGAUCACGCAGCAGCAGCUGGUCCACGAUAAAUACUGCAAGGAGCUGAUGGGAUUCGGAACCAAGCCGCGCCACAUCACACCCUUCACCAGCUUCCAGUCGGUGCAGCCGCAGCAGUCCAACGCCCUCCUGGGCUUGUUGGGCUACAGCACGCCUCAGGGAUUCCUCAGCUUCGGGGCCACGCCGGUACCUGCCAAGAGCUCGCUGGUGGAGAGUCGAUACUGCCGGGAGCUGAUGGAGGACCGAUUCGACCAGGUGUGCCGUUGGGUGCUGAAAUACAGAACCAGCAAAAACCCUCUGAUCCAGAUGACCAUCCUCAACCUCCUUCCCCGACUGGCUGCCUUCCAUCCACAUACCUUCACAGACCAGUACUUGUCGGACACGAUGGGCUACCUGCUGGGCUGCCUGAAGAAGGAGAAAGAGAGAACGGCAGCUUUCCAGGCUCUGGGGCUGCUGGUGGUGGCUGUCAGGGCUGAAAUACAGCCGUACCUCUCCAAGAUCCUUGAGAUCAUCAAGGCUGCGCUGCCACCCAAGGACUUUGCACACAAGAGGCAGAAGACCAUGCAGGUAGAUGCCACGGUGUUCACCUGCAUUAGCAUGCUUUCCAGAGCAAUGGGUCCCAGCAUCCAGCCAGACAUCAAGGAGCUGCUGGAGCCCAUGCUGGCUGUUGGCCUCAGUCCUGCACUGACGGCUGUGCUGUACGACCUGAGCCGGCAAAUCCCCCAGCUGAAGAAGGACAUCCAGGACGGUUUGCUGAAGAUGCUCUCCUUGGUGUUAAUGCACAAGCCGCUGCGCCACCCCGGCAUGCCCAAAGGCCUGGCGCACCAGCUGGCCUCACCGAGCCUCACAAACAUUCCAGAGGCCAGUGACGUCGGCAGCAUCACUCUGGCCCUGCGUACGCUAGGAAGCUUUGAGUUUGAGGGACACUCCCUGACCCAGUUCGUACGCCACUGCGCCGAUCACUUUCUAAACAGCGAGCACAAGGAGAUCCGGAUGGAGGCAGCACGGACCUGCUCGCGCCUCCUCACUCCUUCCAUCCACCUGAUCAGCGGCCAUGUUGUCAGCCAGACCGCCGUACAGGUUGUCGCAGAUGUGCUCAGCAAGCUGCUCGUCGUUGGCAUCACCGAUCCAGAUCCAGAUAUCCGGUACUGCGUGCUGGCGUCCCUCGACGAGCGCUUCGAUGCUCACCUUGCCCAGGCUGAGAACUUGCAGGCGCUGUUUGUUGCGCUGAACGAUGAGGUGUUUGAGAUCAGGGAGCUCGCCAUCUGCACGAUUGGACGCCUUAGCAGCAUGAACCCCGCCUUUGUCAUGCCCUUCCUUCGCAAGAUGCUCAUCCAGAUCUUAACGGAGUUGGAGCACAGUGGUGUCGGUAGGAACAAAGAGCAGAGCGCUCGUAUGCUUGGUCACCUGGUCUCCAACGCCCCCCGCCUCAUACGGCCGUACAUGGAACCCAUCCUUAAGGCUUUGAUCCUCAAACUAAAAGACCCAGACCCCAACCCUGGAGUGGUUAUUAGUGUCCUUGCAACCAUUGGCGAGUUGGCUCAGGUGAGCGGCCUGGAGAUGAGGAAGUGGAUGGAUGAGCUUUUUCCAAUCAUCAUGGACAUGCUUCAGGACUCCUCGUCACUGGCCAAACGACAGGUGGCUCUGUGGACCCUGGGCCAGCAGGUGGCCAGCACGGGCUACGUUGUGGAGCCCUACCGCAAGUACCCAUCCCUUCUUGAGGUGCUGCUCAACUUCCUCAAGACUGAGCAAAACCAAGGCAUCAGGAGAGAGGCCAUACGGGUUCUCGGGCUUCUUGGAGCUCUGGAUCCCUACAAGCACAAGGUGAACAUCGGCAUGAUCGACCAGUCUCGGGACGCCUCCGCCGUCAGUCUGUCCGAGUCCAAGUCCAGCCAGGACUCCGCCGACUAUAGCACCAGUGAGAUGCUGGUGAACAUGGGCAACCUGCCCUUGGAUGAGUUUUACCCCGCUGUGGCUAUUGUCACUCUGAUGCGCAUUCUGAGAGACCCAUCACUCUCCAACCACCACACUAUGGUCGUCCAGGCCGUCACCUUCAUCUUCAAGUCUCUGGGCCUCAAGUGCGUCCAGUUCCUGCCGCAGGUCAUGCCCACUUUCCUCAACGUCAUCCGAGUCUGUGACGCCAGUAUCCGAGAGUUCCUGUUCCAGCAGAUGGGAAUGGUGGUUUGCUUUGUGAAGAUCCACAUCCGCCCCUACAUGGACGACAUCUUCACCCUCAUCAGAGAGUACUGGACACCGAACAACCCCAUGCAGAACACCAUCAUCCUCCUGAUUGAGCAGAUCGUGGUGGCGCUGGGUGGAGAGUUCAAGCUCUACCUGCCUCAGCUCAUCCCACACAUGCUGCGCGUCUUCAUGCACGACAACAGCACCGGGCGCAGCGUCACCAUCAAGCUGCUCAACGCCAUACAGCUGUUUGGUGCCAACCUCGACGACUACCUCCAUUUGUUGCUGCCUCCCAUCGUCAAACUGUUUGAUGCCCCUGAUGUGCCCCUGCAGGCCCGCAAGGUUGCCUUGGAGACACUUGACCGGCUGACAGAGUCCCUGGACUUCACAGACUAUGCUUCACGUAUAAUCCACCCAAUUGUCCGGACACUUGACAGCACGCCUGAGCUGCGUUCCACCUCUAUGGACACGCUGUCCUCGCUCGUGUUCCAGCUGGGCAAGAAGUACCAGAUCUUCAUCCCCAUGGUGAACAAAGUGAUGCUGAAGCACAGGAUCAACCACCAGCGUUACGACAUACUCAUAUGUCGCAUUGUUAAGGGCUACACUCUGGCAGAGGAGGAAGAGGACCCUCUCAUCUUCCAGCAUCGCCAGCGUAACCAAGGCGAUGCUCUCGUCAGCGGGCCAGUGGAGGCAGGACCUAUGAAGAAGCUCCAUGUCAGCACCACUGCACUUCAGAAGGCUUGGGGUGCUGCCAGGAAGGUGUCCAAAGACGACUGGCUGGAGUGGCUGAGGCGCUUGAGCGUCGUGCUGCUCAAAGAAUCGUCCUCCCCGGCCCUGCGAUCGUGCUGGUCACUGGCUCAGACCUACAUCCCUCUUGCCAGAGACCUGUUCAACGCAGCUUUUCUGUCUUGUUGGUCCGAGCUGAGCGAGGACCAGCAGGACGAGCUCAUCCGCAGCAUCGAGUUAGCGCUCACCUCCCAAGACAUCGCCGAGGUCACGCAGACGCUGCUCAACUUGGCGGAGUUCAUGGAGCACAGUGACAAGGGCCCUUUGCCUCUCAGAGAUGAUAAUGGCAUUGUGCUGCUUGGCGAGCGAGCUGCCAAAUGUCGUGCCUACGCCAAGGCCUUGCAUUACAAAGAGCUGGAGUUCCAGAAAGGCCCUUCUCCUCUCAUCCUGGAGUCUCUCAUCAGCAUCAACAAUAAACUGCAGCAGCCGGAAGCUGCAUCUGGAGUCCUGGAAUAUGCCAUGAAACACUUUGGUGAACUGGAAAUCCAAGCCACCUGGUAUGAAAAGCUUCACGAGUGGGAGGAUGCCCUGGUGGCGUAUGACAAGAAGAUCGACAUGAACAAAGAGGAUCCAGAACUCAUCCUGGGCAGGAUGCGCUGCUUGGAGGCCCUGGGAGAAUGGGGCCAGUUGCAUCAGCAGUGCUGUGAAGAAUGGACGCUGGUCAGCGAGGAAACCCAGGCCAAGAUGGCUCGUAUGGCUGCUGCUGCGGCCUGGGGUCUAGGACACUGGGACAGCAUGGAGGAGUACACGUGUAUGAUCCCUCGAGACACACAUGAUGGCGCGUUUUACAGAGCAGUGCUCGCGCUGCAUCAGGACCUCUUCUCAUUGGCCCAGCAGUGCAUUGAUAAAGCAAGAGACCUCCUGGAUGCCGAGCUGACGGCGAUGGCUGGAGAGAGCUACAGUCGGGCCUACGGGGCCAUGGUAUCCUGCCAGAUGCUGUCAGAGCUGGAGGAGGUCAUCCAGUAUAAGCUGGUGCCGGAGAGAAGGGACAUCAUCCGGGAGACGUGGUGGGAGAGGCUUCAGGGUUGUCAGCGUAUUGUCGAGGACUGGCAGAGGAUCCUGAUGGUCAGGUCGCUGGUCAUCAGCCCCCACGAGGACAUGAGGACUUGGCUGAAAUACGCCAGCCUUUGUGGCAAGAGCGGACGCCUGGCCCUGGCCCAUAAGACCCUGGUGCUGCUGCUGGGUGUUGACCCCUCCAAGCAGCUGGAUCACCCGCUGCCCACGACCCACCCACACGUCACAUACGCAUACAUGAAGUACAUGUGGAAGAGCGCCCGCAAGAUCGACGCCUUCCAGCACAUGCAGCAUUUCGUUCAAGGGGUGCAGCAACAAGCCCAACAUGCCAUCGCAGCCGAGGACCAUCAACGCAAGCAGGAGCUCCACAAACUGAUGGCGAGAUGCUUCUUGAAGCUGGGUGAAUGGCAGCUCAGUCUGCAGGGCAUCAACGAAAGCACCAUCCCCAAAGUCCUGCAGUAUUACAGCAACUCAACAGAGCAUGACCGCAACUGGUACAAGGCCUGGCACGCCUGGGCUGUGAUGAAUUUUGAGGCCGUGCUGCACUACAAGCACCAGAAUCAGGGGCGCGAUGAGAAGAAGAAGCUGCGACACGCCAGCGGUGCCAGCGCUAACAGCGAAGCCAGCAACAGCGACAGUGAGGUGGACAGCACCGAUCACAGUCCUGUGCCCUCACCUGGCCAGAAGAAGGUCAACGAGGUGAGAGCCACAGGAAAUCCGCAUUCACAGCCCUUUUCUCCCAGCAAGGACCUCUCCAAGACGCUGCUCCUGUACACGGUUCCUGCCGUUCAAGGCUUCUUCCGAUCCAUUUCACUGUCUCGAGGAAACAACCUGCAGGAUACGCUCAGGGUUUUGACUCUGUGGUUCGACUACGGUCACUGGCCUGAGGUGAAUGAAGCUCUGGUGGAGGGCAUCAAGACGAUUCAGAUAGACACCUGGCUACAGGUGAUCCCUCAGCUCAUCGCUCGAAUCGACACCCCCCGAGCCCUGGUGGGUCGUCUCAUCCACCAGCUGCUAACAGACAUCGGACGGUAUCAUCCCCAGGCUCUGAUCUACCCGCUGACUGUGGCCUCCAAGUCCACCACCACCGCCCGCCACAACGCUGCCAACAAGAUCCUGAAGAACAUGUGUGAACACUGCAACACUCUGGUUCAGCAGGCCAUGAUGGUGAGCGAGGAGCUUAUCCGAGUGGCCAUCUUGUGGCACGAGAUGUGGCACGAGGGCCUUGAAGAAGCUUCGCGUCUUUACUUUGGCGAGCGCAACGUCAAGGGCAUGUUUGCUGUGCUGGAACCGCUACACGCCAUGAUGGAAAGGGGACCACAGACCCUCAAAGAGACCUCCUUUAACCAGGCUUACGGCAGGGACUUGAUGGAGGCUCAGGACUGGUGCAGGAAGUACAUGCGCUCUGGAAAUGUGAAGGACCUGACCCAGGCCUGGGACCUCUAUUACCACGUGUUCAGACGCAUCUCCAAACAGCUGCCCCAGCUGACCUCCCUGGAGCUGCAGUACGUGUCUCCUAAGCUGCUGAUGUGUCGGGACCUGGAGCUCGCUGUGCCUGGCACCUACGACCCCAACCAGCCUAUCAUACGCAUCCAGUCCAUCGCCCCCUCCCUGCAGGUCAUCACCUCCAAGCAGCGCCCACGCAAGCUCACCAUCAUGGGUAGCAACGGCCACGAGUUCAUGUUCCUGUUGAAGGGCCACGAGGACCUGAGGCAGGACGAGAGAGUCAUGCAGCUGUUCGGUCUGGUCAACACGCUGCUGGCCAACGACCCCGCGUCCUUGCGCAAGAAUCUCAGCAUUCAGCGCUACGCGGUCAUCCCCCUGUCCACCAACUCAGGCCUGAUUGGCUGGGUGCCCCACUGUGACACCCUGCACGCCCUCAUCAGAGACUACAGAGAGAAGAAGAAGAUUUUGCUCAACAUUGAACAUCGCAUCAUGCUCAGGAUGGCCCCAGACUACGACCACCUGACGCUGAUGGAGAAGGUGGAGGUGUUUGAACACGCUGUGAACAACACGGCCGGAGACGACCUGGCCAAGCUCCUGUGGCUCAAGAGCCCCAGCUCUGAGGUGUGGUUCGACAGAAGGACCAACUACACCCGCUCCUUAGCUGUGAUGUCUAUGGUGGGCUACAUCCUGGGGUUGGGUGACAGGCAUCCAUCCAACUUGAUGUUGGACCGAUUAAGCGGCAAGAUCCUCCACAUUGACUUUGGAGAUUGUUUUGAGGUGGCCAUGACCAGAGAAAAGUUCCCUGAAAAGAUCCCGUUCCGACUGACGAGGAUGCUGACCAACGCAAUGGAGGUGACGGGCCUGGAUGGUAACUACAGGAUCACCUGCCACACGGUGAUGGAGGUGCUGAGGGAGCACAGGGACAGCGUCAUGGCCGUGCUGGAGGCCUUCGUCUACGACCCGUUGCUCAACUGGAGGCUCAUGGACACCAACACCAAAGGCAACAAGCGCUCACGCACCCGGACGGACUCGUACACCGCCGGACAGUCAGUGGAGGCCCUCGAGGGGAUAGACCUCGGAGAGACCACGCACAAGAAACCAGGGACCACGGUGCCUGAAUCCAUCCACUCCUUCAUUGGAGAUGGGUUGGUGCAGCCUGAGGCACUGAACAAGAAAGCUAUUCAGAUCAUCAACAGAGUCCGGGACAAACUUACUGGACGAGACUUUUCCCACGACGAGACGCUGGAUGUGCCAACACAAGUCGAGCUCCUCAUCAAGCAAGCCACGUCGCACGAAAACCUGUGCCAGUGUUACAUCGGAUGGUGUCCGUUCUGGUGAGGAGCGUUCUCGUUCAGCCGACGGACAAACUACGAAGGAACACUCAACUCAAAUCCACUGAAAAAAGUCCUGAAGCAGCAGCGCGGAGCCUUUGGAAAGUUGUUUUUGUUGUUUGUUUUUCUACUUUGCUGUUGUAGAGGUGUACCGUUGACCAGCGGCACGUCUGAAGCUUGUGAGAAAGAGUUUUUACCUGAUUACUAUAAUUUAACUAUAAUUGUGGUCAUUGCUUCAGAUGAUGACUUAAUUUUGUUUUGCAUCAUAAUCACUUGCUAAAAGCUUUCUACAGCGGCCAUAUUGUAAUAACUUAUGACAUUUCUUAUUACACGUGCACUGUAUGCUUCUUACAAUCCCACCCGUCUGUCCCAUCGUUGUGUAUUAAUGUGACAAACUUCCAUCAGAUCGUAAUGCCUUUUACUAACUGAAACAUUCUUCGAAGGAAACUCAGCCGAGCAGAUUUGAUUUGUAAUGAUCAUGAUGUACUGUAUGGGCAUUUGUGUGCCAUUAAAGCCUGUAAACA